AAAACCCCUUGACAAAAGAAGAAUUAAAAAAAAAAGAGGAAAGAAAGAUCGGAUGAUCCAGACGAGCAUGAACAGCUUUGAGUGGUUCGGUUUCGAAGCGAUUCGUGUUUGUAUGCAAGCAAGCAUCCGAUAGUAAUUUCGAGUAACAGGAGCGGCCGCUGCCUUUCGCUUGCAUGGGUAGUGUUUCCCUUGUCGUCGGCCCGUCGCUGGGCUCCCUCCGUCCUCGCAGGCCGUAUCAUCGUCCCCGCCGUCGAUCGCUCCUCUCCCUCCCCCGCUGCUCCUAUUCCCAUGCCGACGCCUCCUCCCACUCUAUCGGCAAAUUAGAAGAUCUCACAAGCCAAGUCCAAAAAAGUUCUAAUGAUGUGCCUGCAGAAGAUCAAUUUGAAAGCGAGGUUUGGAUGACUGGUGGUGCAUAUGAUUUCAGAGGGGCAACAACGUCACUCACUAACGAGCUCCUAUCGUCUUCCAAAAAGGUGACUCUUGUAAGGCAUGGUUUGAGCUCUUGGAAUGAAGAAAGUCGGGUCCAGGGAAGCUCAAACUUAUCUAUAUUAACUGACACUGGAGCUAGGCAAGCUGAGAAGUGCCGGAAUGCUUUGGUCGACAUAAGUUUUGACAUCUGCUUCUCUAGUCCUAUCUCACGUGCAAAGUCAACUGCUGAAAUAAUAUGGAAUGGAAGGGAACAACCACUAGUUUUUCUUGAUUCAUUGAAAGAGGCGCACCUAUUCUUUUUAGAAGGAAUGACAAAUGCGGAUGCUAAACGGAAAUAUCCAAAGCUCUAUACCACAUGGAGAGAAGAUCCGGCUAACUUUCAUGUGGAUGGCGUUUAUCCGAUUCGAAGAUUAUGGGUAACAGCAAGACAGGCUUGGAAGGAAAUUUUGUCCACACCAGGAGAGAGUUUUUUGGUAGUCACCCACAAAUCCAUUUUGCGGGCACUCAUUUGCACAGCUCUAGGACUUGGUCCAGAGAGGUUUCGUGCAAUUGAUGUGAAUAAUGGUGGGAUUUCUACAUUUUCAUUUAACAGACGAGGGGAGCCAAUGCUUGAGUGCUUGAAUAUGACAGCCCACUUGUAUAGCAAUCAUAUUUAUCAAUACUGAAGAGUCUGCAUAUCAAUGAACCUGUCUUGUUUAAUAAAGCUGAGUCCUUUCCAUGUUAAGCAAAUUUGAUAAAGGGCAAAUCCAAGUACCCUACAAAUCUGAGAGUGCAACAAGCAUAAGGAAAUAUUUAAAAUUUGAGUGGCUGCAAGCUGUUUA